AUGUCGACCCCAUCAGGAACAUUCUCUAAUCUCAAAGCUGGCGACACCAUCGUCAAGCUUCCUCACCCAUACCAAACUGAGUACACAAUCGAAGCAGCUUCAACACCAUUAGGUGUGAACUCUCCCGUCUACAAGCUUGUUCAAAAAGGCCCUGCUUCGGCCAAGGCUCUUCCUUUCAACCUCCAACAUCCCGGCCUCAUCUUCUCAGACCCAAUUGAUCUUAAAUCGAGCCAACUUCCACCUCAAUCCAACAAUAGCCCUUGGGCCCGGGCUCGUCGCUCACCAUGCGUCACUGUUUAUUGGGAUGAAGCCGAAGCGCCAACUUUGGCGCAGGUCUGGCUAUUGACAUAUGCUCUCUUCACCGUGAGAACGAAUGUAGAGUCGUAUCGAUUGGAGCUUCGAGGUGCCAAUGCCGGUGUUCUGGGUCAGCAGCUGACAGCAGUCUUGCUCGCAAUUGGCCACCCACUCAAGGGCCGGGAGAAGCGCCAGGCCUCGGACAAGACUGACGAGAGUCUUGUUCUCCUAUUGCGAAGCACUUUCUGGCAAGGUGCUGGUUCACCCUUUGGUCCACGACCAGUUUGGUGCCCUGCCGAAUCACCUGCGUCUCUGCCAGCAUCAAACCCUCUUGGUUCAUACCCUUUGACUCCUCUGCACAACACAACAACCAUCACGGUUGCUGGCGAUCCUGAUGAUCCUGAGCGCGUUCAACAGUCGUGGCAUCCAGUCAGACCAGUUAAGCCUGCACCUGGCGCAACGGUUUACAGUCGAUGGAUUCCCCAUCUCAACGAAACAUUUUCCAUGGUUUCUGUUGAUUAUACCGAUGCUGAGCAUAUGCGCCUCUUUCACGAAUGGCAAAACGAUCCUCGUGUCUCUCAAGGCUGGAACCUUACCGGUACUCUGGAACAACACCAGGAGUAUCUUCACAAGGUUCACGAUGACCCUCAUGUUAUUGCUCUGCUUGCAAAGUGGGAUGACACCUCUUUCGCAUAUUUUGAGGUCUACUGGGCCAAGGAGGACCGCCUUGGUGGUUAUUUCAACGCUGGUGACUUCGACCGCGGUCGUCACUCGCUUGUAGGUGAUGUACGCUUCCGCGGACCCCAUCGUGUGUCUGCGUGGUGGAGCAGUUUGAUGCACUACCUCUACCUUGAUGAUCCUCGCACUAUGUUUGUGGUGGGUGAAACCCAGGAGACAAAUACCACCAUUGUCAUGUAUGACUUUGUUCAUGGCUCUGGGCUGGACAAGCUGGUAGACUUGCCGCACCAACGAAGUGCUUUUGUCCGAUCUUCUCGCGAGCGCUUCUUCCAGCUAUGCCCACUUGCAGAUAACGAGAAGGUUGUUGCCGGUACGAAAUUGGGUCUUGUACCCAAGCUGUAG